CGUAGAAGCCGGCGGGCACUCUUACUCUCCGGCUUGAUUAUCUAAACAUUUAUUUUGUUCUUUUAAAAAAAUAUAAAAUGAACUUAACAGCUAGAGUUGUGGUGAAUAGAUUGGCGCAGCAGUGCGCCUACAAGCGGAUUGUCACAUUCUCCACGAAGCCUGCCGAACAUGCUGUCCCGGCCCAAGAUGAACCAAAGAAUGUAGAGGUCCCACCUGCCGCGCCCACUCAGACACCCGCAGUACCGCCCACCACGCCGCGGAAGCCCAUCAUUCCGGCCAACUAUCGGUUUGUCUAUCCCGAGUUUCUGCCGGAUCCCAAGGUGGAGUGGCGGAACUCCAUCCGCGAAAAGCUGGAGCGCCUGGACAUGUUGGAGCGGCGCAAGCAGAUAGAUUUGCCAGAGUUCUACGUGGGAUCCGUUUUGGCUGUGACCAGCUCCGAUCCGCAUGCCGCUGGCAAGACCAGUCGCUUUGUGGGCAUCUGCAUCAAUCGAGAUCGGUGCGGUCUCCGCGCUCGCUUUGUCCUGCGCAACGUAAUAGACCACCAGGGCAUGGAGGUGGUCUACGAGCUGUAUGACCCCACCAUCCAAAAGGUGGAGGUGUUGCGUCUGGAGAAGCGCCUGGACGACAGUCUUUUCUACCUGCGCGACGCCCUGCCCGAGUACAGCACCUUUGACGAAAACAUGGAGGCUGAGCCGCUAGAGGAAGGCGCUCCGGUGCCAGUGAAUGACAUCAAGGUGGUGCUGCGUCCCCGUCCCUGGCUGGAGCGUUGGGAGCGACAGAAUCUUCGAGGCGUGGCCAACAUCGAUCAGUAUCUGAAGGACAAGCAUCGCCUGUCGUCGGCCAGAGUGCAGAAGCCGUGGGAAAAGUACGAUAUGAUGAAGCACUACCGCUCCACGAUUGCCGAGGAGGAGCAGACGGAGAUCUUCGCCGAGGUGCACACGGAACUGCACACCCUGGAGCUGCAGCGCAAACGAAACAAGAGGAAGCGCACUUUCCUGAAGCCCAAGCAUCUGGCGUAAUAAACCCUUGUUGUCCAUUUUGUAGAUUAAUAAACCCGGAAAACUGUUGAAAGACAA